AUGAUAGCUGGGACUGGCCCAGUCCAAAGUGAACAGGAUCCAGCCGGCGAGGUUCUGAAAAGCAAGUUUGUUGAGCAACUUGAUGCGGCAAACUGGGAGUCACCCCAGCUCCCUAGUAUUUCCAACGGCGUCAACGGUGCCAGUCCGCAUCGCAGAGUCAGUCCCGGAUGGAUGACCGGGGGACGGCGAAUGGGCUAUGGGUAUAACUUGGUGGACAAUGCUGAGGAUCAUCCUACAACAGUUGGAGGUCAAUCCGACCUGGCAUCAUCAGCCCAGAAUUUUACUUCUGACCGUGGUUCCAACAGGUCUGACACCCAGCAGUCUCCUAUGAUGAGAAGUCCUAUGAAUGCUAAAAGUGAACCCGUUUUGACACCAACGAUGUGGGCCAGAAUGAAAAGUCACUCACUUCGAGGUAAUAGGCACGCACCCCUGGCAGUGGAUGUGGCUGCUGAAGGAAUGGGUGUAGGCGAAGCCCGCCCUGCAAGCUCGAUCCGCGCGCAGCAUAUUGAGUCGCCAACUUCUGCAAAGACGCCAACUUCUGCAAAAACGCCGAGUUCUGCAAGGAGCUUUUAUAUCGAAGAUGUCGAUGAAACGUUCUUAAGUCGGUGGGCGAAAGCCAGCCGGUCAACACGUAAACAGUCACAAUCAGAAAAGUACGACGAUUCAACCCAUGGGCGCAAUGUCUGUACUCCAGAUGCAUCGCCACUCGGUGGACGCCGCCGCUCCAUCGAGGAGACCAACGGUCGGCCCUCCAUGUACUUCGAUCCGUCGAAUGACAGGAGUGUGGACAGGCUAAACGGAGAACCUUUCCGCUCUCGGAGUGGACGUUGGAUGCCAAGGUUUUCUAGGAACAGAGAAAGCAAGAGACGUUCGAAUCCCCGUCCAAAGGAACCAUCUCAGGAAUCGUCAGUACAGUACCAAGAGCGUCCGUCGAGUGACCUGGGGCGAGCAAACUCUACCAGAAGCGAUGUGGCAGAGGAUCUUGCGAGUGCGUAUCAGGAGUGCAUUGGGAUGCCAGGGGCGUUUUAUGGAAGCCGGUGGGCGAGCCGAACAAGUCUGGUGGUUGAAGCAGAGGCAGAGUGA